UUGUUUGAUUUUAAAAAAUAUCUCACAAACUUUAUUAUUAUUAUUAUUAUUUAAAAAAAGAGGCUUCCUGAGCGGGAAAUCUCUCGAUGUCCACAUAAACCUGUGCACGAACACGCUCAGCUGAACAAACCGAGCCGACGGGAACCAGCCAGGCAGGAUGACGCUUCCAAACUGGUCUCAGCCGAUACAAACAAAGAUCUGUUGAGAAGGUCAGAAUAAGGAGAGCCACGCAGCUGUUUUAUCUUAAAGGGUGUUCGGGGAAACGUUUUUAAUUUCUGCUGCGACCACAACCAUGUCGGACAUAAUAAUCAACCUGUGCGUGGAUUCUCCUGCACAGACGAGAACUCCAGGAGCAAACCGCAAGAGGAGAAACAAGAGGUCCCGUAAAAAGAUGCAGUAUUCGGAGCGAGCGCGCUUCGGGGAAGGUAAAAAUAAAUACAACCACAGAACGGGACAGUCCAGACAAGCUCCACCACGACCACGCCAUAAUGGAGCAAUCAGGAAUCAUCCAUCUCCACCCGCUUCCACAGAAACACACAGUCCUCCAAGCAGCAUAGCCAGCACCUCACACUGUAGCUCCCGGCCUUCGACGUCCGCACACAGCCCGCUUCCUUCCUCCACCGUGACCGUGAACGCAGGAGGCACCACCCACUGCUCCUCGUCCUCAAACAGCCAUACACAAACACCAACAGGAAUCCCCACAAAGUACCUCGCCAUUGACUGCGAGAUGGUGGGCUCGGGACCAAAGGGGAGCAUCAACCAGCUCGCACGCUGCAGCAUAGUGUCCUAUGAAGGAGACGUAGUUUACGAUAAGUUCAUCAAACCCUCCAUGCCUGUUACCGACUACCGCACCCGAUGGAGCGGCAUACGGCGCAGUGACCUCGUCAAUGCCACGCCAUACGCCGAGGCCAGGAAGGAGAUCCUGCGGCUGCUCAUGGGGAAGGUGGUGAUUGGCCACGCCAUCCACAACGACUUCAAGGUCCUCGGUUACUCUCACCCCGGUAGCCAAACCAGAGACACGUCUCGAAUCCCUCUGCUCAACCAGAAGGCCGGCUUUCCCGCGAAUGAGUGUGCGUCGCUGAAGAGACUCACCAAGGCCAUCUUCAACCGUGAAAUCCAGACUGGGAGGAAGGGCCAUUCUUCUGUGGAGGAUGCCAGAGCCACUAUGGAGCUUUACAAAGUUGUGGAGCAGGAGUGGGAGAGGCAGCUGGCCUCCAAACCACAGGCCCAUAAGACAGACAAACAUGGAAUAAACUGAUUUUAAAGGGACA